UUCCAUUUUCAUUACUUCCUCAUCUUCUCCAAAAAAAUCCAUGUUGCUAGAACAAUAACAUAAUGAAGCCUAGUAAUAGAGUACUCGACGGCCAACGAUUCAUCCUAUCGUGUUUCUUCUUCAUCAUCUUCCUCUGCAUUUUAGCAUCAAUCAACGAAGUUCGAUUCGACAGUCUCCUUAAAUUCGGCCAAUGCGCCUUUUCUCCCGGGCCCCACAAUUCAUCGGCAUCACCUUUAAUCGAGCCGAACACAAUUUCACUGCCGCCACCAUCUUCGAGCGAAAUUAGAAUACUAAUCGGGAUUCUAACGCUCCCUGAUCACUACCACAAGAGGCACUUCCUCCGCAUGAUCUAUGGCACCCAAUCCCCAAUCGGGGCCCGCGUGGACGUAAAAUUCGUUUUCUGCAAUCUCACAAAGGAGGACCAAAAAGUCCUAGUGGCGCUCGAGAUCAUGCGUUACGAUGACAUCAUCAUCCUCGAUUGCCGCGAGAACAUGAACAAUGGUAAGACCUACACCUACUUCUCUAGCCUCCCCGAAAUGUUCCUAAGUAACGAAUCGAAUUCGCAAUAUCCACCUUACCAUUAUGUGGUGAAAGGCGACGAUGACGUGUACUUUAGGUUGCAAAAUCUAGUGGACUCGCUUGCACCUUUGCCUAGGCAAGACUUGUACUACGGGUACGUUAUCCCGUGCCCUAGUAUGGACCCGUUUGUGCAUUACAUGUCGGGUAUGGGUUAUUUGGUUUCUUGGGAUAUUGUCGAGUGGCUUGCGGAAUCGGAUAUUCCGAAGAAGCAUCUAGAAGGUCCGGAGGAUAAGAUUUUCGGCGAUUGGCUUAGAGAGGGGCGUCGCGGAAAGAAUAGGUACAACGCGAAAUGGGCGAUGUACAACUAUCCGGAGCCGCCCACGAGAUGCACGCAUGAGCUUUGGCCGGAUACUAUAGCCGUUCAUCUUUUGAAGACGCAGGAGAAAUGGAUUCGGACGCUGAAUUAUUUCAAUGUCACCCGGGAUUUGAAACCCUCCAAAUUGUAUCAUAUAUCUUAGGUGAUUAUACUAAUUUUUAUCAUUAUAAGAUGUUUAAUUCUUUCUUGCAGUGUGGUUGUACCAACACACCAAGCAGCUUA